UACAACGUGUUUUUAUCGCUGGCUGUCCAGACGGAAGGUGCUGAAACGCUUUGUCGCGUGUCUGGAAGAAGUGAAAACUUUCCUGGGCAGCAAAGGGCUCACCUUUCCUGAGCUGGAACAGCCAGAGUGGCUGGAAAAGCUACACUUCAUGGUAGACAUGACAGCGCACCUGAACACGCUGAACACAGCUCUUCAGGGGAAAGGACGUACCGCCCUGCACAUGUUGGAGGAUGUUUUGGCAUUCGAGCGCAAGUUGACAGUGCUUGCCAGAGAUUUACAGAAAGGCACUUUGUCUCACUUCCCCAAUUUGAGAGAGUUCAAACAAGGUCACGACAUGAUAAUUUCGGAGUAUUUACAUUCUGCAAUCAUCGCAAUGCAAACAUCGUUUGGGAAACGCUUCUGUGAGUUCAGAGAGGAAAAAAACACAUUAUCCUUCCCGGUCACUCCCUUAAGCAUCGAUCCUUCCCUACUGAAUACGACUGCAUUGGCAGGUGUGAGUCAACCUGAUCUUGAGAUGGAACUGGCCGACAUAGCCGACAAAGACAUAUGGGUGUCCAAGUUUAGACGCUUGACAGCAGACCUUGAAGAUGUUGCCCGUCAGAAGGCCGUUCUUGCUCAGAAACACAAAUGGAGUGAUAUUGAAAACCUCACAGAUGACAGCUUGCGAUCCUGUGUAAAGAUGAAGGUGACAUCAUACAGCCCUGAUGUGCAGACGCUGUGCGCUGAGGUCCAGGAGCAGAAAUCCCAUUAACCAAGAUGACAGCUGGCUGACGUUAUUUUUGGUUUGCUGCUGGCGGAAAAUUUAAGUUCGGCGUUUUUCAUAAAUACAAGAAGGACUCAAAUAGACAUUGAAUAUUUUACUUAAAAGUAACUUUCAACCCAACGUCUUUUUUUCGGAGUUCAAAAUGUUUUUGUUGCAUGCAGAAAUGUAAUUUCGU